AUGCCGACCAUAAAGCUUCACGAAAAAGGCUGCUGCCGCUUCUCCUCCCUCGGUGCGCUAAUGGGAAGGAACGAGACGGCGCUGCUGGGAACUGGGAGAUAUUUUCAGAGUCACCUUUACUUUUCGCACCUGAGAACGGAGAUUUUGAAAUGGAUGCAGCCGUCGAAAAAUGUUACUGCAGAAGCGGAAAAAGUGCUUAGGAAAAGGGAUGUUUCGGGGAAUGUCCUAUGCGUGCAUGCUAGACGCGGGGAUUUCAUCCAUGGACAAGCAGAUAAAAUUGGCACCGUUUUCUUAUUUUCGAAUGAUCCCGGGUGGUUGAAUUCGACGUUUUCGGCCGUAUUUCACGGCGCGAAUAGGAUCAGUAAUGGCUACAAAACUUCCUCGUUACGCUAUAUAUUUCCUGAUACAAAAUCCAAUUUUGUCACCCUUGUCCUGGCGCAUUUUUAUUGCAAUCGAGUGUUAAUAACCGCCCCACCCUCGACAUUCGCUUGGUUCAUGGGAUUUUUGGCGGCAAAUGGGACCGGGAAGGUUCAUUUUUCGGAGACCUACGCAAAGCCUGGUGGCGGCCUUGAAAAGCAACUGAUACCUUCGGAAUUUUUUCUUCCGGAUUGGGUUCCGUUAAGAAUGCACGAUACGUCUAAUUUUGAAGAGAUCCGAAUCGACGAAAUUCGACCGUUUAUACCCCUGAAAAACAAGGCA